AUGGAAUUUAAGUAUCAACAACAACGAAAACAAGAACAAUUCAAACAAACGUUUCGUAAAACGAGUAAUCUAAUAACCACCCGAUUAUUAGACUCUCUUACUAAAAACGACAUGUCAAAGUCAUCUUCCACCAAUCAAUUUUCCUCUGAAAAUUAUCCUAUAAAGUGUUAUUGUGGACUAAAGGCAGAAUUGAUUAUCGCCUCAAAACCAAACCAAAAUAUCGAACGGCUAUUUUUUGCGUGUUCAAGAUUUAACACAAACGAGGAUAAAAAUCGAUGUUCGUUUUUUCGCUGGGAGAAUGAAAUUCAUGAGAAAAAUGGCAACAAACCAUUGACGAAUGAUGUUAAUGGUGUUCUUUGUAAGCUUGAUGAUAAUAGUAAUACAGAUGAUAAUAUUGAUGAUAGAAAUAUUAUUGAGAGUGAUUAUGAGGUCGAUGAUAACGAUGAAGAGCGUUUUAGUUUAGGAUACGAGGAAAUCUGA